AUGGUGAUCAUCAGCACGGCCGUCGACGACGCCGACCCCCUCGCGGCGGCCAAUGGCGCCAGCGCUCCUCGACCGCCGGCGGCAAGCGACGACCCUGCUGCGGCAUCGCUCUUCGACGUCGUCCACGGGACAACGGCGACGGCAGACGUUGCUGCAGGCACUACGCCCUGGUGGAGCUCUCAGCCGCCAAAUUAUGCGGCGUCGACGACAGCCACCAGCUCCGGUGCGUACGACGCCUCCUCGUCGUUUCCGCCCCCGCCGUCUUUCCAAAGCCAUGGCGACGAUCUCGCCUGCUACGCCGGGUCCGUUAUGGACACCUUGUUCCUGCAGCCGCCGGUGCCGCCGGUGCACAUGCAGCCGCCAUCGAUGGCGGAGCUAUCCUACUUCUACUACACGCAGCCGCAGGGGUUCCCGUCAUGCUUCGCCGCACCCUUGGCACUUGAACCUACUACCAUACGGCCGCAGCUACAGGUGCCGACGACGCAGCCGGCGAGCAUGCCGCCGUCGUUGCACUACCCGCAAAGGCAAGCGACAACGACCGGUUCAGAGUCAGUGGAAGAAGCUUCCGCUGCACUUGCAGACCCGCAGCAGGCUCAAGAAGACGACACUAGGCCCGCUCCUCGGCGUCGUGGUCGGCCUUCCAAACGCGCCCUGGCUGUGUCCGAGCCGCCGCCCGUCUCCAAGCCUACCAAGCGUGUCGCCGUUGGAAGGAACCGAGCCGCGUCGUCGUCGCAGAAGACAAGCUCUGCUGCCAUCGGCUCGGCAACAAUGUCGUCUGCCGGUCAUGUCCCAGAUCAGGCUGGAGCUACCAGUAGCACCGGAAGCACCUCCGGCCAGGCUGCUGCGUGCACAAGCACAAAAAGCCCAAUGGCGUUGCUCUGUGAGGAACGAUGCCAACUGCAGCCAGACUUCAGCAACGGCGCCUCAACAGGCGUAGUAGAGGGUCAUCAGCAAGCUGCGAUCGCGCCGUCGGAGGCGAUGGUGACAGGACCACAAUACGCUGACACUUCGGCUGUCGGCGUCAGGUUUCGCCCGACGGACCAGCAGCUCAUCGGCUACCUCAGGAGGAAGUACGCUCGGCAACAGAUGCCCGUCAAAUUCUUCAAGGAUUUCGACGUCUACCAAGCACACCCCAUGGCGAUCAAAGGUGCCUGUGGGGAGAGCCAGGACGGGUGCUGGUACGCGUUCUCGCCGAGGGACCGCAAGUACAGGAACGGCAAGCGGCCGGCGAGGAGCGUCUUCGCGGAGGGCGGCGGCCAGCAGGUGGGCUUUUGGAAAUCCAACAGCAGGCUGGGCGAGGUACGCGCUGGCGGCAGCAAAGAUGGUGCGGUGAUAGGGAGGAUGACGUCGCUCACGUUCCAGCUCGGCCGGCAGCCCAGGGGGAAGCAGACGGGGUGGAAGAUGAAGGAGUACACCAUCCCGGAGAACCAGCACCAGCCUGACGGCUCAGCCAUGCUGCUCAAUGACUGGGUGGUUUGCAAGUUAUUUUACAAAGAACGACCAGGAUAUACAAAUACAGAGAGCAAAGCUGACGAGAAUGCCACCUCUGUUGGGCAGGAACGACCUAUCCAUGGAAAGAGCGAGGACAAGAAUGCCAUCUCUGUUGGGCAGAAACGACCAAGACGUAGUAGAAAGAGCAAAAAGGACAAGAAUGCCAUCCCAGUUGCUGUUGGGCAGGAAGAUGGACCGGGCGAGGCCGCCGGUGAGAGCAUGCAAGGUGAAGAAGAUAUGCAGCGGAUAGUGCCUCCUGCUCACCAGGCUUCCGAUUACUCUGAGCAAGACCUGUGUGUAGAGGACUACCUUGUAUGUGAUGUAGCAUUUGCACAGCACAACGAUGCUGCAAACUGUACCAUUUAA